AUGAAGAAGCAGUCCUACGUUAACACCAAGAACAUUCACGAAAUCCCGUUCGCGAUUCUCCGCACAUGCUGGCAGGACGGCGAUUUCCACCUGGAGAGCGAGUCCUACCGGACACUCACCUCAGUGUUGUGGAAACAAAACGUCGCCGAACUUACAACUAGACUGAGGGGACAUGGAAUAUUCGAGCCGGUGCGGCAGCCGGCUCACGUCGGAACGCCACGAGCUGCACUUAAUCGCAGUACUAAUGGGCGUCACCCCAACGUCCUUGGGUAUAGCGCAGGAGCCAACUCUCCCAAGCGUCAUGAAAGCAGCCACGACGAGUAA